GCGAAGCGGCGGGCGUCUGAGCCAGGCGGACAGCAGCGCUGUGCGGGAGCCGGUCAGUCCGAGGGGAGGGAAACUGGCCAGGGUCUGGGGCCUGGGAGCGCAUACCCCCUGCCGGCUCCCCGCCCGCCUCUUCUCGGACAGACCUGCUGCCCAGAGAGCGCAGAAGCAGGGGCUUGGGCCCUCGCCCACCGGCCCGAAGGGACCCGCUGCCUCCAGCCAUCGGAGACCGCUGGAGCCCGCAACAGGGGGCAGCAUGGAGGGGGAGCCCUCCCAGCCUCCCAACAGCAGUUGGCCCCUAAGUCAGAAUGGGACUAACGCUGAGGCCACCCUGGCUGCGAACCUCACCUUCUCCUCCUACUACCAGCACACCUCCCCUGUGGCAGCCAUGUUCAUUGUGGCCUAUGCCCUCAUCUUCCUGCUCUGCAUGGUGGGCAACGCCCUGGUCUGUUUCAUCGUGCUCAAGAACCGGCACAUGCGCACCGUCACCAACAUGUUCAUCCUCAACCUGGCUGUCAGUGACCUGCUGGUGGGCAUCUUCUGCAUGCCCACCACCCUUGUGGACAACCUCAUCACUGGGUGGCCCUUCGACAAUGCCACAUGCAAGAUGAGCGGCUUGGUACAGGGUAUGUCUGUGUCAGCUUCCGUUUUCACGCUGGUGGCCAUCGCUGUGGAAAGGUUCCGCUGCAUCGUGCACCCUUUCCGCGAGAAGCUGACCCUGCGGAAGGCGCUGGUCACCAUCGCCAUCAUCUGGGCCCUGGCGCUGCUCAUCAUGUGUCCCUCGGCCGUCACGCUGACCGUCACCCGUGAGGAGCACCACUUCAUGGUGGACGCCCGUAACCGCUCCUACCCUCUCUACUCGUGCUGGGAGGCCUGGCCCGAGAAGGGCAUGCGCAGGGUCUACACCACCGUGCUCUUCUCGCACAUCUACCUGGCACCGCUGGCGCUCAUCGUGAUCAUGUACGCCCGCAUCGCGCGCAAGAUCUGCCAGGCCCCGGGCCCGGCCCGCGGGGACGAGGAGGCGGCUGACCCGCGCGCGGCGCGGCGCAGGGCGCGCGUGGUGCACAUGCUGGUCAUGGUGGCGCUCUUCUUCACGCUGUCCUGGCUGCCGCUCUGGUCGCUGCUGCUGCUCAUCGACUACGGGCAGCUCAGCGCGCCGCAGCUGCACCUGAUCACGGUCUACGCUUUCCCCUUCGCGCACUGGCUGGCCUUCUUCAACAGCAGCGCCAACCCCAUCAUCUACGGCUACUUCAACGAGAACUUCCGCCGCGGCUUCCAGGCCGCCUUCCGCGCCCGCCUCUGCCCGCGCCCGUGGGGGAGCCACCAGGGGGCCUACUCCGAGCGGCCCGCGCCUCUGAGCAGGCGGGUCUUCGUGACGGUGCGGCCCAGCGACUCGGGGCAGCCCUCUGAGUCGGGCCUGAGCAGUGGGGCCCCCAGGCCCGGCCGCCUCCCGCUGCGGAAUGCGCGGGUGACCCACCGCGGCUUGCCGGGGGAAGGGCCCGGCUGCUCCCACCUGCCCGUCACCAUUCCAGCCUGGGAUAUCUGAGGUGGUCCAGGGAGGGCGGGCCCCUGCCUGGGGGCCCCAACUGGACGCGAGAUACACGCAUGCGACAUUGGCAGGGCGUGGUUAGGAGGGGAUGCAUGGUGCCGCCCUCUCCAGAGCCAGGCAGCGGUGGGCAGCUGCUGGUGAUGUCUUCCCUGCUGCGUUCACCCUCAGCACAGGGAAAUGCGGAGGACAGGAAGGAGCCAAUUUGCCCCAAAACCUGUCUGUGUGGUGGGCUUGACAAACUUCAUCUCAUUCAAUUGUCACAACGCUUUGGAGAUAGGUUUUCUUCUCCUCCUGCAGAUGCAAAAACUGAGGCCUGGAGGGGAGACGUGACUCGUCCAAAGUUCUCAGGUGGAAAUGGCAUGCCUGCCUAUGUGAUUCCAGCGGCUGUGUGGUUUUUACCGUCUCCAGCUGGCUCCAAAAGGGCCGGGUGAGGUAGAACACCGUGAACUCAGUAAGUCCUAAUUCGGCAGCUAGGAAGACGUGAAAAGCAAAGCCGGCCUAUCCCUUGAUGCUUUGUGUCCACGUGUGGGAGUCCCUCAUGUUCUGUUACUGAAGCCACUCCCUUUCAUCCUUUUCUGGAAGAACAUGAUGUGCCCUUCCUGUCGGCUCUAAUGUGUUGGUUUGUCUUGUUUGUUCCAAGAAGUUCCAAGAGGCCAUUGUCCUCAGAGCUGAACAGCUUCAGAACGAGCCUCGGGAAGACUGCCUCAGUUGCAGGGCACUCUAGGUCUUGCCCUCUGAGUCUAGAGAACAGCGGAGGGACUCCUGCUUCCAUCAUCCAGACCCAGGCAAGAACUUACAAUGCUACAGGCAGCUGCAGGACCAGGGGAGGUGUCAGUGUACUUACUCAAAAACAAGGAGGAUGGGGACUCAUAGUAUGCAUUUUCCGCAUUGGGAAACACAUCUACUCACUGGGACUGAAAGUACAAAGCCUUGCCCAAGGUCUCUCUCCUCCCGGCUUCCUGGGAAGAAGUUGGUCAACUGAAGCUGCAGCCAGAGUGCCCUCUGGGGACUCCUGAAGGACACACACUAAACUCCUCCCCCACACAAACGACUUGUGUGCCCUAAAGGGUUACCCGGAGAGCCCCGUUUACUCUGGCUUUCUCCCAGCACCCCCGCAUCAACUUGAAGAAAUGUGGCUUCUCUCCAGGAGACAGGAGGACGUGGGAUUGCCUGAGGGUGUCCUUUCACAGGCCCCGUCACAUGGCAGUUAACUGAAUAUUUCCCCCAACCUCUAUAGAAAGCACAGUGUUGCUAGAAAUUUAGUAAAUGAAAAAGAAACAUUUCCAGGGGGUCAGGGCUCUGAGGUUCUGUUCCCUUCACUGACACACGAUGACUGUUUACUGUUUGCUCCACUCUGAGUUCCAAGUAUAGGGGCAGAAGAAAAUUCCUAAGCAGUUGUACAAUACAUUCUUCAAGUAUGUACCCAGACACUGUCUCAUUUAAUCCAUACUAAGGAGAUUGAAUAUUAUUGUCAUUUCACAAAGUGACUGAAGCUCAAAGAGUCCAAGUUCCCAGGGCCACAGAGGGGUAGGAUUUAGAUGAAAAUUUGUCUUCUGAUUGUUCUUCCCACCCUGCAUGCUGCCUUUCAAGGAACGUAGACAUGAUGAGAGAACUGAAAAUUUCCCCAAAGAUUUUUUGCCUAACAGUCAACCAGAAUGCCCACUCCUGGUGCCCAAGCUCUUGGUCUGGAAAGGAAAGCUAUUGUAUUUACUCUUGUAAUCUCUGAGCUGUUCUUACCCUCGUGCUGAGCAGGCUGCCAAGAGCCAUCAUGACCCUGUUCUAGUUCUGGGGAUGAUGGAUGAGAGGCUCAGAGAGGGUGUGCCAUCCUGCCCCUCAGUGGUAUUAGCUAGU